CGAAAGGGUCCUUGGGCGCUAGAAGCGAGUUUCUAGAAAACUGCAUUUAUUGUGCAACUUCGGGGCAAACGCAACACAAUCCCCGGAUAAACGAUAUGUUGUGUGGACAUGGGUGUUAAUUAAAAACUGUUUUCUAACCCAAAGCCACGAAACUUCCUGCAUAUCCUACACAAGCCAACGAAAUGCCAAGUGACGAUGCCAUUUUUAUAGACCUUUUCUAAAACAAGCGAGAUACGAGAUUCAAGAUACGUCUACAGAUAGUGAUAGCGAAAGCGAGGCGCCAGUGAAAGUGCCAUCCGCCCAAUCAAGACGCCGGAUGAUUUGAUGAUGGCAGCCAGCGGGCGGAUACGCAAGCGAAAGCAUAAAAACCAUACAAGUGGCGACGUUCCCAGUACGACGACUAGUGUAACCAUGCCCAUUCCGACCAUGGCGCCGGGGAAAAUUGUCGCGGAGACAAUGGAGGAAGCCGCCGCCCUCGCCGGGGAUUACAAUAAUUUCACGCAUAAUUUCGUCGAUUUGCAGAACCUCUUGAGUUUCAACGAAUUGAAUGGCACUAGUGGUAGCGGUGGCGGAGGUGGUAGCAGUGCUGUCAGCUCCUUGGGCGCAUCGAGUGCCAUUAAACUGAAUAACGGCGCCAUUACGGACACUCUGCUGGGCACGGUCCUCACAACGGCCACGGCCACGGUCGCUCCGGCGGCCAGUUCGCUGCUAGCCACCUUGGCGGCCACCACAACAGCAUCUGCGAGAGGAUCCCUGGCGGGCAAGUCGCUGGCCAUCGCAGACGCCACUUCAUCCACCUACUAUUCCAACUUGCUGAACCUGUCGCCGGCGACCACCAGUUUGAUCUCGGCGGCUGCGGCCACCAAGUCGUACAACGACAGUGCCCUCCGGUGGGAGCAGCUGGACGGGAGCGUGGACUUUGGAUUCGACCCACUCUACCGUCACUCGCUGGCCAUGUCCAUGGUCUACUGCGUGGCCUACAUCGUCGUCUUCCUGGUGGGACUCAUCGGGAAUAGCUUCGUGAUCGCCGUCGUCCUGCGGGCUCCUCGCAUGCGGACGGUGACGAACUACUUCAUUGUGAAUCUGGCCAUUGCGGACAUCCUGGUCAUUGUCUUCUGCCUGCCAGCCACUCUGAUUGGCAACAUCUUUGUGCCCUGGAUGCUCGGAUGGCUGAUGUGCAAGUUUGUGCCCUACAUACAAGGUGUCUCCGUGGCAGCCUCGGUCUACAGCCUGAUUGCCGUUUCCCUGGACAGGUUCAUUGCCAUCUGGUGGCCCCUGAAGCAGAUGACAAAGCGACGUGCCCGCAUCAUGAUAAUCGGCAUAUGGGUAAUCGCGCUGGUGACCACCAUCCCUUGGCUGCUCUUCUUUGACCUGGUGCCCGCCGAGGAGGUCUUCUCCGACGCCCUGGUCUCGGCCUACUCGCAGCCGCAGUUCCUCUGCCAGGAGGUGUGGCCCCCGGGCACAGAUGGGAACCUCUACUUCCUGCUAGCCAACCUGGUGGCCUGCUACCUGCUGCCCAUGUCCCUGAUCACGCUCUGCUACGUGCUCAUCUGGAUCAAGGUCUCCACGAGGUCUAUCCCCGGCGAGUCCAAGGACGCGCAAAUGGACCGCAUGCAGCAGAAGAGCAAGGUGAAGGUCAUCAAGAUGUUGGUGGCCGUGGUCAUUCUGUUUGUUUUGUCCUGGCUGCCGCUCUAUGUCAUCUUCGCGCGGAUCAAAUUCGGCUCGGACAUCUCGCAGGAGGAGUUCGAGAUUCUCAAGAAGGUGAUGCCGGUGGCCCAGUGGCUGGGCUCUUCGAACAGCUGCAUCAACCCCAUCCUCUACUCAGUGAACAAGAAGUACCGACGCGGAUUCGCGGCCAUCAUCAAGUCGCGUAGCUGCUGCGGACGCCUCAGGUACUACGACAACGUCGCCAUCGCCUCCAGCACUACCAGCACUCGGAAGUCAUCGCACUACCACCAGAACAGCUCGAGAAAGAGUCCGAGCAGCAAGGGCAACGCGGUGUCCUACAUCUACGAGCACAACUCGCUGCGGCGCCACAACAUGAUGCUCAAGCAGGACAGCAACCUGUCGCAGCAGAUGCUGCUCAAGCAGGACUCUCACGGAUCGCGUCAGUUCCUCAUCAAGCAGGAGAGCUCCUGCAGCGAUGCCUCUGGGAUCCGGCGACCCCUCUGCCAACAGGACAGCAAUGGCUCCAAGGUCUCACUGUCCAAGCAGGACUCAAUUGUGUCUUACAUGGAGGCACGGAGGGCGGCAGGACACGGUCUCAACGACACACUGGUGGACAGGGAUAGCGUCUCGAUGGACGUGGGCCGGCGACAGGGCGCCACACCGAGCUCCCUGCUCGAUAAGCGGCAGAAAUUCGUGAAGCAGGACUCGGUGAUCUCGUUUGUGGACCAACGACCAGAGCAAAGGCGCCAUCAAUUGGUCAAGCAGGACUCGGUAAUCUCCUUCGCCGACCAGCGACGCGGGUUGCUCCACAAACAGGACUCGCUGAUGGCCAACCGGACGGGGGAUGCACCCUCCCACCACGUUUCCAUUCUGAAGAAGACCGACUCGCAGCUCAGCUACGGGAGUUCGACUUCUCCUCGUAGGAAUGCGGAUCUGUACGAAUAGGCAACUUUGGGUUGAACGAGCUCCUAACUCUGGUAGAUGGAUACCAACCACCAUUUGUGUGGGUCGAUUUCAGUUG